GUUUGCUGCUUUGUGGUUCACAAAAGAUGCCAUGAGUUUGUCACCUUCUCCUGCCCUGGGGCUGACAAGGGACCUGACACUGAUGAUCCCAGAAGCAAGCACAAAUUUAAGAUCCACACAUAUGGGAGCCCAACCUUUUGUGACCAUUGUGGGUCACUGCUUUAUGGGCUUCUACACCAGGGGAUGAAAUGUGACACCUGUGAUAUGAACGUUCAUAAGCAAUGUGUAAUAAACGUCCCCAGCCUCUGUGGCAUGGAUCACACAGAGAAGAGAGGAAGGAUUUAUCUGAAAGCUGAAGUCACUGGUGACAAACUGGAAGUAACAGUGCGAGAAGCAAAAAACCUAAUUCCCAUGGAUCCAAAUGGACUUUCAGAUCCUUAUGUUAAACUGAAGCUCAUCCCAGAUCCUAAGAACGAAAGUAAACAAAAAACAAAAACCAUCCGCUCUACUCUGAAUCCAGACUGGAAUGAGUCAUUCACAUUUAAAUUAAAACCUACAGACAAAGAUCGGCGGUUAUCCGUAGAGGUCUGGGACUGGGAUCGAACAACCAGAAACGAUUUCAUGGGAUCUCUUUCAUUUGGGGUGUCAGAGCUGAUGAAAAUGCCAGCCAGUGGAUGGUACAAGCUGCUGAAUCAAGAAGAAGGUGAAUAUUAUAAUGUUCCAAUUCCAGAUGCUGAUGAAGAUGGAAAUGCAGAGCUUCGGCAGAAGUUUGAGAAAGCCAAACUUGGGCCAGCUGGUAACAAAGUCAUUACUCCAACAGAAGACAAGAACUCAAGUGUGCCAUCCAACAAUCUGGACAGGGUGAAGCUGACAGAUUUCAACUUUCUCAUGGUUCUCGGAAAGGGGAGCUUCGGGAAGGUGAUGCUGGCAGACAGGAAGGGGACAGAGGAGCUCUAUGCAAUCAAAAUACUGAAAAAAGAUGUGGUGAUUCAGGACGAUGAUGUUGAAUGUACAAUGGUUGAAAAAAGAGUCCUGGCACUGCAAGAUAAACCACCGUUCCUGACACAGCUUCACUCUUGUUUCCAAACAGUUGACCGUCUGUAUUUUGUUAUGGAGUAUGUGAAUGGUGGUGAUCUCAUGUAUCACAUUCAGCAAGUAGGAAAAUUUAAGGAGCCACAAGCAGUGUUCUAUGCAGCUGAGAUCUCAGUUGGGUUAUUCUUUCUCCAUAACAGAGGGAUUAUUUACAGAGAUCUGAAAUUAGAUAAUGUGAUGUUGGAUUCAGAAGGACACAUUAAAAUUGCUGAUUUUGGAAUGUGCAAAGAACAUAUGUUAGAUGGAGUAACAACCAGGACCUUCUGUGGCACUCCAGACUACAUUGCACCAGAGAUUAUUGCUUACCAACCCUAUGGGAAGUCUGUGGAUUGGUGGGCGUACGGAGUGCUGCUCUACGAGAUGUUAGCUGGCCAGCCUCCUUUUGAUGGAGAAGAUGAAGAUGAACUUUUCCAGUCCAUAAUGGAGCAUAAUGUUUCCUACCCAAAAUCACUGUCCAAAGAAGCUGUCUCCAUCUGCAAGGGGCUAAUGACUAAACAUCCUGCAAAACGCCUUGGCUGUGGGCUCGAAGGUGAAAGAGACGUCAGGGAACAUGCUUUCUUCAGGAGAAUUGACUGGGAAAAACUGGAAAAUAGGGAGAUUCAGCCACCUUUCAAGCCUAAAGUGUGUGGCAAAGGUGCCGAAAACUUUGAUAAAUUCUUCACACGAGGACAGCCGGUGUUAACACCUCCGGAUCAGCUGGUCAUUGCAAACAUAGACCAAACAGAUUUUGAGGGGUUUUCGUAUGUCAACCCCCAGUUCAUCCACCCCCUUUUACAAAAUGUAGCGUGA